AUGGGGGAGGAAUCUAGAGGAUGCAAAGGUCGGCCUCAGUUGCUCGAUCAAUGGAGCGUUCAGGAAAGUAGCAGUGGGAAAAGUAACUACGAAACUACGGAGGAGAGAAAUCUGGAACUUAAGCUUUCCAGCAACAGCAACAGCAGCAAUUUGGGUUCCUCCAGUUGCAGGCAAAAGGAUAGGACUGCUUACAGAGGACAGGUGGGAGCGCUGAGCGGCAGAGCCUCGAGGAGAAUGGCUGUGGGCUGCGAGCUUCAUGCAGCCGUAGCAGCAGCGGCUCCCAGUCAAGGUAGUGGUCGUAGUAGUCCUCCUGCAAUCCAUGCUGAACUCGUAGAUUGUGAAGAGAAUUUAUGUUCGUCUCUGUCUUGUUCUAUGUACUCAAAGAUGUCAGAGGAACAAUUAUGCUGGUUCAACGUAGCUGCCUCUGCGCCUGCUGUUGGCUGGCCUCCUAUCCGAUCUUUCAGAAAGAAUCUUGCUGGUAGUGUCAAAGCCUCUGCUGAAUCUCCCGGUGGGAGCUCAGAGGCUGUAAAAAAGCUUGAGAAUGACAAGAAGAGCUCGUUUGUGAAGAUUAACAUGAAUGGCAUUCCAGUAGGAAGAAAAAUAGACCCUAAAGCUUAUGAUAGCUAUGAGAAGCUCUCUUUGGCUGUAGAUGAACUGUUCCGAGGCCUCAUGACAGGUACUCUACAAACUAGUUUAUUUGAUAUGCGUAAGUAUGGACUAAUUUCAUGA